AUGACAAUUUUAGGCUUUUCUGAGGUUGGUGAUGAUCCCUUCGUUGUGACUCCCAUAAACCCAGAAUCCUUGGAAAGUUCUGAUCUGGAACAGCAGACGGGAUUAACCAAGUUAUCUAUUUUUAUAUGCUAUGUCCUCUCCGAGCUUGACCACAUGUGCCUCCCUACUGACGCAGACAGGUUUAGGAUCUACUUUCAUGAGAAUUCCAACUAUGGACUCAGAGACCUCUAUGAUGUCGUUGGCCUCAUGAAGCUGCUAAAUGGACAGUCCCUCACUCACCGCCCGGCCCUUUACGAAGUGAAAUACCAACCACACGGCGGUGUCACGAUAACGAAAAAGAAGUCAUAGAAGCAACGGUGCACAUAAACAGAAUCAACGGAGUUCAUUGCUAAUGCAGGAACAUAGAAAAAGACGUACAAGUAAGACUCACUUUCUUUAUUGUUUUUAAUCGUUUGAGUCGUUUCAACAGUUUUGCUCUGUAACCUUCUUUACAUUCAAUCCUCUUUAACCUGUAGCUUUGUUCUAAGUCGGCGUCUUUCUUGAUUUCUUGAACUCUUGAUUUUGACUUGAGUUAAAGAGAGCGAUUGACAACAAAUCUUUAUUGUGCUAUGAUUUCUGCUGGUUCUUGGCUGCUUCCUAUUUUUAUUAUUCUGCUCACCCUUGGAUUGCUCCUAUUUUUCAUCUGUUGAGAAGAAAACAGUCAUGGCUCCGACAAAUCCUCUUAUCAGCCGGACAUGGAGACUAUGUUGGAGCUAGAGCCAGAGUCGAAAAGAAAUAAAAAAACUAGAGGAAGAAGAGUUAAAGGCAUGAGGUUAUCUUGAUCCAGAAAAAUUAAUCAGAAAGAUCGUGGAAUCUUUUUUGAAUAAAAGGAUCGUGGAACUUUGCAUACAAACUUUCCACCCCGCCAGUGCGAGCAAGAUCUCAGUCUCAACCAGCAAAACUAAUGAAGUAAAAGUAGCCUUCCUCCAAAGGCUAAUGACCUUGCUGUGAGCCUGUGACUCUGGCCAAAACAGCAAGUUCCUGGUAUAAGCGAAAAACUUAUCAACAAUGUCAUCACUUACAGGAUGCUUUUAUUGGUGAUUUUCAUCGUUGUAUUUUAGUUUAGUGUUACAUUAUUUUCUAUGUUUCUUAAAACAAUAUAUUAAAUCCCAUUAUGGAUAUCAUUUGGGUAUAAGUUUAUAUCAUGCUCAUAAAGCUUAUAUCA